CACAAACACACGGUGCAAGCCAAACGAAAAUAGAACGGAGAAAUAAAAAUACGAAUAAAGACGGAAGUGGCAACGCGCAUUGCAUAAAUAUUAUUUCGCGUGGGCGCAGUAGACAAAACAUUGACUUUCCGACGCUUUUCAUUUUUUGAUUAAAUAACCAGAUAGUUGUCGCCUGAAAUUGGACGAAAAUGUUUUCACUUUCUCGCCACGCACUGCGGCGCACUCGAGUUUUCGCCACAAAUUGCUACUUUUCAGUUUCAGAUUCACGUCAAGACAGCGACAACCCGACGAAGAGGUAUUCCGGCGGAGCAACUAUGGACAACAAGAGCGAGAAGGUUACGGUGAACAAGGAGGAGUUGCGCAAGCGCCUGACCCCGAUGCAGUAUCAAGUUACCCAGGAGGCAGGAACAGAGCGCCCAUUCACAGGCUGCUACAAUAAGCACUACGAGAAGGGCGUUUACCAGUGCAUCGUGUGUCACCAGGAUCUGUUCAGCUCGGACACCAAAUACGACUCCGGCUGCGGAUGGCCGGCCUUCAACGACGUCCUCGACAAGGGCAAGGUCACCCUGCACCGCGAUGCCAGCAUACCAGUAGUCAUUUCGAAAACGCUAGGCAUGGUGCGCACCGAGGUGCGCUGCUCCCGAUGCUCCGCCCACAUGGGCCACGUCUUCGACGACGGACCGCCGCCCAAGCACCGCCGCUUCUGCAUCAACUCCGCGUCCAUCGACUUUGUGAAGAGUGCGGCGCCAUCGAAGGCGGAUCCCCCGACGGCCUCGUCCAAAAAAUAACCACCAGGAAGAUUACAUCCGGAGGAGCCCUAUAUAGACCUGGACGAUAUACUAUAUGUUCCGCGGGGAUCCAGAGCAGAAAGAUCUCUGCAGCACUUCUCUUGGGGGUCUCUUAAGAGCUUCAUGCCUGAAAAAAAAAUAUUUAGCAAUUUUAUAGGAGUUUAUUAUGCCACAGAAAGUUUAACAAAAAACAAAGCUUGUACAACAACGGUGUUUGAAAAUGUAUUAUGGAACGUGAAGUGAGAAAUUAGUGUUGUAGAUCAGCCCAAGAUCCCAUUUACUUAUUUUUUAUUUUACCUUUUAAUUUUAAGACUACUCAGUUUCGGUUUCAAACCUCUAUAUUAACUGUCGGAUGGUGGCAAAAUGGAGAAAUUUUAUAAAAGUUUAUGCACGUUUUGUAAACGAAAUAAGGAAUCUAUAAUUCCUUGCUUUGGCUUGAGCUCUCUUUUUGGUUGACCCUCAUCUUUUACUUGAUAGAACAACAAACUCUACUUCUUUAGCAUUCCCAAUCUUAGGAACUAUUGUAGGUAAAUAACAAUUAACAUAUUUCGUAGGAGCUUACAUAUUUAAUAUGAAGUUAUGUUUGCGCAAAGCAACAAAUGUAUUAAGGAUCGGUCUAGGCUUUCCUUAUUUGGUUUAUCUACGUUUUUCCGUUGAAUUUCAUUUUUCACCCCACUUUUGGUUAUAAAUCCACAAACAACAAAUGGAAAACAUAAGAGCUUAUUUCAUAUUCCCAUUUCGAUUACUAUCCAAGGUCGGUUGGUUUUAUUUUUGGGCCAGGGCCAUUCAUGUGUAUGUUUGUAAGUGUGAAGAGCUUUUAUUUUAAAAUAUUUCGCAUAUGUAUUUUAUUUGCUGGUGUUGUAGUUUGGUUAAGUUUAUGAUUUUGAUUUCAUUGCUUCUUACUCAUGGUCAAUGAUUUUUAAAUAACAUAACUCCAAUAUUGUAACCAACAUUUUAUCCAUAAACUAUAUAGAGUGUCUCAAGCAAAUCGAAUAAUGUGUAUUUUCGUAUA